UCUACCUGUACCACCUUUGCGAUCUACCGGUCGAUCGCGAUCAAUGCAUUGGGCACCCCUGCCGUAGAACUAGCUAACGUAGGGGAUUUCAUUAGUAGUAGUAGGUUUAAAUAUUAUGUUACAAUAGGUAAACUGCAGGUCUUGUACUUUGAAUGUUAGGUGGUAUACAUGUAUCAAGUCUUAUUUGCGGAUGCUUCGAGAUACUUGAUUAGUAUGGGCUGCAGUUACGGUAAACAAGAAUAAAUGUUUCUGACAAAGACAGAUUUUUUUUGGAAAUUACUAUAAAUAUGGAUAGCUGCCUUCUCUUUGCUUCCAGUGCAUAAGUAUCUUUAGGUCGGCGUCUGUAUCAAUCGAUGAAGUGUCUACAGGGUCGUCAUUAACAAGGCUAACAUGGGGUGAAGUAAUUGGCAGUGUUGAUCAAAGUAAUAAACGACAGAUCUCAGUGACAUUUGGCUUUGCCUCCCCUUCAUCAUCUCACGUGCACUUUUUAAACAAGCUUUAAGGUGUCAUUUUGAAACGUUUUGUGCGUCAAAAGCUCAGCGUCUCAUUUCCAAUGCACAUGAUGUGAUGUUCGUGACACCUGGAGCUUAUACCUGUGAAUGUCACAGUGUCCAAAACACUCACCUGAUCCCAAUUCAGUCUAAUACGCACCUAAACUACUUAAAAGUAGUAAUGCAUGCGUCCAAGUUUGAAGGUUAUUUUUUGGAGACGAGUGAGGUGAGAUAUAAACAUACCAAUAAUACGACUAAUCUACUUUGCGAUUACAUUUAGGAUACCCGAUGGAAGGUUCAUGCAAGAGGUCUCGAUCUCUGGUGUGGAAUUACUUUGAUUUAGUAUCUCCAUCAAAGGUAAAAUGCAUGAUUUGCGACAAGCAACUUGCAUUUAGCAGUAACACGUCUUCAAUGCUUCGUCACUUGAGGUCGACGCAUCCUGGCGUUACAGAGGAGUACGACAAUCCCGCUGUAUCUGCUCACACUGGAACUUCUAAGCAAGGCAGGCAAGAGGAACUGGAUGAGGCUUUGGUUGACAUGGUGAUAAAAGAUUUGCAGCCCUUUUCUACUGUCGAAGAUAAAGGCUUCAAGGCUUUUGUUAACAAACUGGACCCCAGCUACAUCCUCCCAACCAGAAAGGCACUAAAAGCCAUGGUUCAGGCCAAGUACUGUGCAGCCAAAGAGAAGGCAAUGGCUGAGGUAAAGCAGGCUACUUAUGUCAGCCUGACCUCUGAUAUGUGGACUUCAAUUAAUAUGGAUGGUUAUCUGGGUGUCACAUGCCAUUAUGUCACAGCUGAAGCCAAACUGGCCACAGUUCUCCUUUGUGUCAGCCAAUUUCCCCAGACACACACUGCUGCUCACAUCACGGAGUCCAUGAGUGGGCUAAUGACUGACUGGGGAAUCAGUGGCAAGAUACACUGCAUGGUGACUGACAAUGCAGCCAAUCUUGUUGCCACUGCCCAGCUGCUGAAAGUUCGUCAUGUGCCAUGCUUUGCCCAUACCUUGAAUCUGGUAGUAAAGAAGGCAAUUGACCAGACACCCAAGCUCCAGGUAAUUCGCCAAAAAGCAAGGAAAAUUGUGUCUUUGUUCAGGUCAAGUUGCAAUGCUAAGGAAAAAUUAUCGGAGAUGCAGCAGCUAAUGGGCAGGCCAGUGCAGAAGGUGGUUCAAGAAGUGGACACCAGAUGGAACAGCACUUACGACAUGCUGCAGCGUCUGUAUGACCAACGUGAGGCAGUUGGUGCUGCCCUCUCUAAUUUAAAUACAGAGGUUGUUCCCUUAACAAGUGGAGAGUAUGAUAUUAUUAGUGAAUGCCUGACCCUCCUUCUUCCACUAAAACAUGCAACAGCUGAGAUGUCUGCAGAAAAAAUGGUGUCGGCAUCAAAAAUGAUCCCACUAUAUCGCAUGUUGCAACACACAAUCUCGGAGAAGAGUACCAAGGUGACCAGAGAGGAGUCCAUACAAUUAGGUGUGCAUCUGAAGGAAAGCUUGCGCUCCAGAUUCCAUACACUGGAAUCCACCCGGGUUUUGGCCUUGGCUACGCUGCUGGACCCAAGAUUUAAAACUAUUGGCUUUGGCAAUCCAGACCGUGUCAGAGAGGCUGAGAGACAACUCACCUUGGAAUGUGCAUCCCUAAUGCGGUCCUCUCCAGACACUGUGCACGUGACACCCCAAGAGCCACAGCCUUCAACAUCAGCCCUGGCCCCAUCCUUGGAAGCAGCAUGUCCCACAGACAAUCUAUGGCAACUUUUGGACUUGCGUGUUUCCGAGGCUCAAAGAGUCCACAGUGCCACUGCAGAUGCCACUGUGGAGGUGCAGAGAUACCUAAUGGAUGCUUAUCUUGGUAGACAAGAAGAUCCACUCCUGUAUUGGAAGGAGAGAAUAACUGUUUACCCCAGUCUUUAUCAGCUUGCCAUCAAGUAUCUUUGUCUGCCAGCAACGUCUGUUCCCAGUGAACGCAUUUUUUCAAAGGCUGGGGAAGUCCUCUGCAAAAAAAGGAGUCGCCUGAAGCCCAGCACAGCAGAACAAAUUAUUUUUCUAAAUAAAAAUGACUAAAACCGCUGCACUCGCCAACUUUAUUGCAAGCUUCCCAGGUCAAAGUUCUUGAGGAUCCACAUCCUAGUGAUACUUGAUGCAACUGGACAGAACUGGUUGGGGUUUUGUACAAAUUUGUCCACUCAUGUUUUUGGGUUAUUGCAAACUAUGUCUUUAUUUAAAAACUUAAUUUGAAAUAUCAA